UAGUUGCUCUAUAGAUGUAAAAAUAUUAAGAAAAAAUCAAUAAAAACUAUUUAUAUUUUACAUCUAAAUUUAUCUGACGAGUGAAAGUAGGUCUUAUUAUGUGUAAUCAUAAUACUAUAAACAAAUUUUGCUUAAUAAGCAAUACCAUCCUGUCCUUUAUAUAUUGCAACAUUUUGGUCUGAUACACUUCCGUUGACACAUAAAAGAAUUCUCAAUCUUUUUUCAGACUUCUAUCAAGUAAUACAAGAAGGUAUAUAAAUAUAUAGAGAUAAUUCUUUUGAUAAUUAAGAAAGGAAAGGAUAAAGUAAUUUUAUUGUAUUUAAUAUAAAUCUUUCAUUACAGUCUGAAAUGUAUUUAGAGUUCAUUUUUAUUAUUUUAUGUGUGUCAACUGUUUAUACAAAAAAUGAUAUCAAUGAAAACAAUAGUAAUCGCAUAGAGUCAUCAUCUGAAGAAUCUGUUGGAUGUAUUUGUGGUAUCUUUUUAAGUGGACAGUUUAAAAAAGGUACUAAAGAACAGCCUACAGGGAACCCAGCUCUUCUUCACGAACAGUCAGAAUCGUUUCCUUGUACUCCUCUUGGGAACAGACAAUGCACUAAUAAAUGUCUUGAAAUGAUUGUAAAACAUCUUCCAAAUAGCUCUGAUUUACUUUGUGCUGCAAUAGAUCGUGAUUGUUUGAAAGAAAGAGCGUACCUUUUCAUACAAAAUUGUAAAAAUAAAUGGAUCAAUACAAAUUUAUCUGGUGGUAGAAAGUAUUGUUGCAAAGAUGGGAUUUCUUACAAGUGUCCUAUUGGUUAGUUAAUUAUACAAAUAUUUAUAUAGAUAAUUAGUAUUAAUAAUUUUUAAUAUUUUAUAUGUAAUAUUUUGUAAUAAAUAUUUUCAUAUUCAUA